GGGAAAUCCACGGGCAACCGGACGGGACCCGGCCCCCCCCAAAAAAAUCAACGGACGAGCGAAGCUAGAGGCUAAGACGACAGCACCGAGGGUGACAAGUGGCGCUCGAUUAUCGACUCGCGGUAAUAAGAUAAUGAAAUGAUGGGUCUUGCGCCACUACUCUCGACAUGCACAAAAGACAAAAGAUAAGAUAUGGCAGUGUGUCCAUGUUGUAGCGGAAGAUUCAUUUUCAUUUUGCUCAUUUGAUGAGUACUGCAGCGAGGACCAAUGGUGAGAUGGAAGAGCAAGGUCACGUGGGGGGGGGGAAGAAGAUUCGUUGAAUUCUCUCGACGAACGUAGGCAAACACGUGUCAUUCCCUUUCCCUAAUUAGGUGUUAGCCUGCAUGGUACUGCAACCGCUAUUCACCGUAGCUCAUGCAUCGUCGCCAUAGCUCGUGCUGCGGUAAAGCUGCUUCGUCUUCCUCUCGAUUCCCCAUAGCUCGUGCUUCGUUCGGUAAAGCUGCUUCGUCUCAUGCACAUGGGCUUACGUCGUGCAUGGCCAUAGCCUACGUCGUGCAUGGCCAUAGCCCGGAUGUGAGAGGGUCGAUCCAAGACCGUAGAUUGUCUUUUGUCUUCUCUGCUCAUCCACGUGGCGAAGUCUGAAAGCGUCUGGGAGUUCGUUCGAUUCUUUUUUUGGCAACCUAUAAAAGUUGCUUCUUGCGGAAGACACGUGGCAGCCGCUGUGGGCAGACACGUGGCAGCCGCUCAAGUCAAGACACGUGGGGAACAGGUGCCAGCAGCUCUGGGCGGAUACGUGACAGCCGGCCUUGCCGGACUCUUGGCAUCCAAGCCGCGCUGGGCAGAGUCACGUGGCAGCAGUCGCCUUGUGAAGACACGUGGCAGCCGCUUUGGCAGACGCGUGGCAGUUUUGUCGUUUUGUGCAGACACGGAGGAGGUGUGUCGUUUCGUUUCGAGAAGGCAUGUAGCAGUUUUGUCGUUUUGGACAGACACGUGGUCGCCGCCGUGGGUAGACACGUGGAAGCCGAUCUUGGCGGAGACUUGCGAUCCGAGCCGCGCUGGGCAGAGUCGCGCGGCAGUCGUCUUUUUGGACCCAGAAAUGCGGCAGCCGUUCCAGAGAGACACGUGGCAGCCGGCAGAUACAUGCUGAGCAGACCCUUACACUUGCCAGGAAGACACGUGGCAGCCGUUCCGGAAAAAGACACGUGGCAGCCGUUCCGGAAAGACACGUGGCAGCCGCGCUCGGGGGCUUGAAAAAUGUUGGAUGUUUGUUACGUACAGUAUCUUUUGUUUGCUCUGGGUGGUGAUAUGUAGAGCGAGGGCAUCAACGGUCUGGAUUGCUUAUGGUAGGUGCUAAAAACUAACAGACACACUUCGUCGAUCGACCUGGUGAUCUGACGGCCACUAUUGGGAGGUAGAGAAGUUGUGGAUAAGAUCUGGAUCUCUCUUUUUGCGUGUAUUUUGCGGAGAAGGUGUUAUACAUAAGAGUUUUGGAUGAGUUUGCGAUAGGACGACAAUUAGGUGAAGAUUGGACAAUCGGAUCUUUUUGUAUAAGUUUUGAAUAGGACGAUUUGAUGGAUAACGUGUGGAUAAGGUUGCGGAUAUGAUGAUAAAAUGAUGAGAUAUUUAUAGAUAAAUAGAGCGAUGAGAUUAAGAACGGAUAAAAAAAGACAUCUCCUAGAUUAAGGUACAAAUUUAGACAACGAUUAAAAAAAAAAAGAUUGGAUGAGAAUAAGAUAAGAUUGGAUAAGAAGAGUGGAUAAAAGAUAAGAGUAGAUAAAAGAUAAGAUUGGAGAACAUUGGAUAAGAUCAGUUUUUUGGAUAGGAAGAUUUGAUGGAUAAGGUUGGAUAAAUUUUUGGAUAAGGUAGUAAUAAGAUAUUUUAGAAUAAAUAUAAUAAAUAUAUAUAUAUAUAUAUGUUUGUGACGAUAUAUAUGAUAUAUAUACAGCCCUAUACAGCCCCUCGUUUGUUGUCCUCUUCUCUCUCUCUGCCUACGGUUUACCGGGCAGUUCUGUUUGUGACGAUAUAUAAAUAUAAAUAGGGCGAUUUUUUAAUAGUGAGAGAGAGAGGGUGGAGAAGUUUGGGUGAUAACAACGGAUCAAAUAAAGUUUUCUUGGAUAAGGUAGCAAUUAUUACUAGUAUUAUAUUAAGCUAAAGAUAAAAAAUUGGGCAAGAUAAGAUAAAAGAUUGGACAAGAUACGAUAAGAUAAGACAAGGCAGGAUCGGAUAAGAUAAGGGAAGAUAAGAUUGGAUAACAUAACGUAAGAUAAGAUUGGAUUUUGGGUAAGAUAAGGGAAGAUAAGAUUGGAUAAGAAAAGAUAAGAUAAGAUAGGAUUUGGAUAAGAUUAUAUAGGCAGAGGAGGCGAUGGCGACGACGGCCGUACAAGCGAGCGCUGGCAUCAGCGGUGGUCAUUUGCUCGGGGCCAAUCCCGUUUCCCGGUCGUCUGAGGCGAUGGGGGUGUUGGCGUCAUCAUCAGCCGUGUGUAAUCGUCGGUGCUUGGGAUGCGGCCACGUGUCGCCGCUGGCACCUUCCUCCUGGAGUCAUCAGCGGCAGGAUCAUCAUCGUGACACGUGGCGAAGAUGCUGUGGCCGACGGUCGUCAGGCGGCAGGUCCACGUCAGCAACGUCGGCGCCUGAGGUCGGUAUCUGUUCGACGUCUCGACAGCGGCCCGGGCGGCGGCAGUCGUUCGCGGGCCCAGACUCCGCGCGCUUCGGCGGAGCGCAUUUGCGUCCAAAUGCAAAGGCACCGGAACCUGGGGCGGUUGUCAAUGCCACCAGUCAGCGUCAGAGGGAGUUGUCGUCAACGGAUAUGACGAUCGACCUGAAGCAAUGGAUGGAAGAAAAUGGGCUACCUCCUAGCAAGGUGACGCUGGCAGAUAGGCCAUGCUUUGCACGAGGACAGAAGCCUAUUCAUCACGUGGUCGCCAGCGAAGACCUGCAAGCAGGCGACACUGUGUUACGAGUGCCUCUAUCAUUGGUCGUCACCCUUGAAAGAGUGCUAGGAGAUGAGACACUUGCGGAGCUGCUCACGACAAAUAAGUUGUCGGAACUUGCGUGCCUGGCUCUCUAUCUUAUGUACGAAAAGAAGAGAGGCAAGGAGUCUUUCUGGUAUCCCUAUAUCAGAGAGCUAGAUCGUCAAAGAGGAAGAGGUCAGCUUGCAGUAGAGUCUCCGCUCCUAUGGUCCCGGACUGAACUCAACGAGUACUUCGCAGGCAGUCCAACCAGGCACAUUUUCGCAGAACGAUUGGAGGGCAUCAAACGAGAAUAUCAGGAGCUCGACACUGUUUGGUUCAUGGCAGGGUCUCUUUUCAAGAAAUAUCCAUUCGACAUACCAACGGAGGCUUUUCCUUUCGAGAUCUUUCGGCAGGCGUUUGUUGCAGUUCAAUCAUGCGUUGUGCAUCUUCAGGGCGUUAACUUGGCUAGGCGAUUUGCACUGGUACCUCUUGGGCCGCCGCUUCUUUCAUAUAGAAGCGACUCCAAGGCCAUGCUUCGGGCAGAUGGAGACUUUGUACAGCUGCAAGUUGACAGAGCAUAUAAAGCUGGAGAACCUAUUGUUGUAUGGUGUGGCCCACAACCGAAUGCAAAACUCUUACUCAACUACGGUUACGUGGACGAGGACAAUAAGUAUGACCGAUUGGUUCUGGAGGCUGCUCUCAAUACGGAGGACCCUCUCUACCAGAAGAAGCGGGCGAUAGUGCAGAAGAGUGAUCGGUUCACCAAGCAGCAGUUUUUGAUUUAUCGUGGCAAGGAGAGGGAGGCGGUCUUGGACAUGCUUCCCUACCUGCGCCUUGCUCACAUUACUGAUGAAAAUGAGUUAGAUGCAUUCCCAUUUACGGCAACAGGAACGGUGGAAAACAGAGUGAGUGAAUGUAAUGAUAGAGCUGUGGUAACCCAAUUAUCGGAGUUUUUGAAGCAGCGGCUCGGAGAAUACAAGACCACAGUCGAAGAGGAUGACAGACUGAUCGCAAACCCUAAUGAGGAUCCGAAAAAAGUGGUGGCUGCAAAGCUGCUUCGGAUAGAGAAGAAGAUGUUGAUUGCCACACUGGAUGCCGUGAAAGCGAUUGCUCGGGAACUACCUCCAGCUUGGGCGUCGCCGUGUUUCUCUGUGCAUGCGCCUAUCUUGUCCUUAUAAAAGACAACAAGAAUAGGCUUUUUCCUUUGGUGCUGCCAAAACGCUAGCCUUCCUUCUUGGUAUGCAGAGGCGGAAGCUGCGGAAUUUGUGAACCAUGCUGCUCAGGUCCCGAUAAUCAACUAUCUUCUUGGUUUCGUUUGACUCGAUGGCCACCACUUGACGGCGACUCGAGGGGGACUUGACAGCGACUCGACGGCAUCGACAUUCGGCUCCCCUUUUCUUCCUUCUUCCUUGUGAUUCAGUUGGGAUUCAUAAAAUCUUAUCUUUAUCCUUUUCCUUAUGUAAAUAGUAAAUAGUGAAUACCACUUGGAUUGACUUCCGCAUUUACAUAUUUACAUAAGGAAGUCUUAUUGAAGGAGGCGGGGAGAGUCCGAUCAGUAGGGUCAUAAUCGCCAAACCGCUGCGAAAAUGGCGGUGGAAGUGGCCAAAAGAAAUUCAAAAGAAUCGUUUAAAAUGGCAAAAACAGAACCACAAGAAUGGUUUGGUGAAAAGAAAGAAAUUGCGAUACUGUGUGCACAAUAGUAUAGCAUGUAUUAGCGUUGCUUUGAUUCCAGAUUUGUUCUCUUCUGGACUCGGUACUUCAAACUGGAGUGAGCGUUUCCAAAUUUCUCUAAAAGCCUAAUUCAUCA